UGCAUUCUUGGGUCCAAAGGAUCUUCUUCCCUACAAGGAGUACAAAGACAAAUUUGGCAAAUCCAACAAGAGGAAAGGAUUCAACGAGGGCCUGUGGGAGAUUGAGAACAACCCCGGAGUGAAGUUCACCGGCUAUCAGGCCAUCCAGCAGCAGAGCUCGUCCGAGAUGGAGGAGGGCGGGAACGCCGCCGAUGGCAGCAGCGAGGGCGAAGAGGGCGACUCCGUCGAGGAGGAAGACGACAAGGAGAAACUGAAAGGAGACAAGACCGGGUCCAAACGGAAAAAGACGGCCAGCUCCAAGGUACCGUCCCGCAGACAGAGGAGUGCGAAACGAGUCCGUGCUGCUUAUUUCAG